GAGAGAUUACCAUUUGAAUGGGUGAACUGGGUAGAGCAGAGGGCCUUUCCUAAUGUGGGUGAAACUCACCCAGUCCACUGAGGGCUUGAGCAAAAGAGAAAGGCAGAGGAAGGUUGAAAGGCUCUCUGCCUCACUGCUUGAGCUGGAACAUUUUACUUCUGCCUUUGGCACUCCUGGUGCUCAAGCCUUUGGACUCAGGAUGGCUUCAACACCACCAGUUCUCUGGCUUUAAGGUCUUCAAAUCAUACCACCAGCUUUCCUGUGUCCUGAGUCUCCAGCUUGCAGACAGCUGACCAUGGAACUCCUUAACCUCUGCACUCAGCACCCGGUACAUUGAACCCAGUGUGCUUCUUCUUCAGGAAAAACAAGUAGCCCACAACAAAGCACUGGGAAACAGAGGCAAGAGAGACUGAGCUGCAGGCUGAACAACACACUUCCAUUUCUGAAGUCUUUGGGGGGCGAUGAGGGAGAAGGACAUGUCUUCAGUAACAUCUUCCUACUGACAAGGACUGUCAUCCCUGCCUAUGUACGGUGAAGACACCUCUCCCUGCCUGCUCAGCAUGAAUUUGAUGACUUCAGCAGGACCCAUGGCCAAUACUGUGUUUAUGGCAGCACCCCACAAUGCACACUCUGUAACUCCAGAGAGCACGACUCAGGUGACCAUGUAUCCACACAACCAGCCCCAAGUCAACCUAAUUCCUGGGAACCAACCUGGCCUGCAGACACCUGCCAGUCCACCACCAGCCCAGAGAAGCUUCAAAGAAGGCAAAACCUUAGGGGCCCUCCAGAUUCUGAUUGGACUGAUACACUUCGGCCUUGGCAGCAUCAUGGGGACCAUCCUGCUUGGGGGCUAUAUAGCCCCCUCAUUCUAUGGAGGUGUUCCCUUCUGGGGUGGUAUCUCAUUCAUCAUUUCAGGAUCCCUCUCAGUGGCAUCAGAGGAGCAGCCAAAUUCUCCUUGUGUGCUGAAGGGCAACUUGGUCAUGAAUAUCCUCAGUGGACUCUUUUCCGUGGUGGGAAUCUGUACCUACAUCGUAGAUAUGUGUGCCAACGGCCAAUCUAGUAACUCCGACAGGUCACUUACCUCUGGAUUCGCUACUUCUGGCGUUUUGCUCAUCUUCAGCCUCCUGGAGCUCUUCAUUGCCUCCACAUGUGCCCACUUUGGCUGCCAACUGGUCUCCUACGGCACCGUGGUCUACCAGACUAUCUACGUGUCAAACCAAGUGUCCAACCCAGAACCAGUGAACUCGCCACCACCUUAUUCCCGUGAGGUGAAGCACUCCAAAUAGGCCAAACGCUGUAGAAGCAUCUUUCACUGAGAUCAAAAGAAAACCUCCCCUUUUUGUGCUUUUGAAACUUAGCUUUUUCCUUCCCUGACAAACUAAGGAACAUGUCUGUCCAACUGUGUGCACCCUGAACUCCCUUUACUUGAGCCUGGUAAAUUGUCUGUGCCUCUAUGAAAAAGGAAAUGGAAAUGUCAAGUGGAUUUUAGCAAAGCAGUUCUCCCUAAGGCAGCCACAUGUGGGGAAGUUGUGUGCAUGUAUUCAUGUGCUUACCUGUGUGAGCUUAGGAGUUAGAGGAAUAAAUGUCUAAACAGCCCAAGCUUCAUUCUUUCAGUCAUUCACUCAUUGAAUAAAUAUGCACCAGGACUUGA